AGAUCUAAUCUCGUUCUUUGCACGAAUAUAAGCAUAUAAUUUACUGCCAAGAGGGGACCAGGCCUUGUUAGUUGAAAUCAAAGGAGCUAUUUAGCCUGCUUUUCUUUUCCUUUUGAACACGACCUCUUCAGCUUGCUGAUACACAUACUCCCAAGUUAAGUAGUAUUGGAUUGCAGCUGCUCUUUAGUUCUUCCUGCGCUAUUCCUCUCCUUGCAGAAGUCUAAGAGGAACAUCUACUUCAGGGUAAGAUCGGCGCCAGCCAUGUCAUGUUGGGAUAAGUUCGGUGGAGGGUCACGUAAGAAGCUUGUUGAGGACAGUCGUUGGACAGAAGUAGACAUAGCCAACAGUUACGCCCUGUUCAUGGGCUACCUGUCCAUGGCCGUCAAAGGUCUUGGUUUCCUGGUGCUUACUUGGACCACCGUCGUUCUUCUUGGCGGUUUCAUUGGCGACCUGCACAACAAUGAUUUUUGGUGUCUUGCAUUCAUUACCCUUGCGCAGACGGCUGGGAUCUUCGAUGUGUUUCUGACUGAAAAGCUGAGCUAUAUUGGAGAUGCAUUUUCUGGCAUCGCAUAUGUUGCAUACGCCGGAAUGUCGUACAACAUAUGGCGAACUGUUCAUGCUCUGGUCUUUGUCAUUUUGUUGUGCCCUCUGGUGGCUGUCUACAUGGGUGGGUUGGUAGUUUCGGCCGUGCUUUCGGUGUGGCGUCUUAUACAACAAGAUUACCAUGCUGACGGAGUCAGAAACCUGAAGAAGGCGCUGGUCGUCUUGUAUUCCCUUGUCCUGCUCCAGGGUGUGAUUUUCUGCUACAAGAUCAUCAAUGGUUGGGCAAAGGGGUCUAUAGUGAAUGCAGUAGUUGACCAAAGAGGCUUUGAUAAGGAUUUUCGUGAUGGGAUAUCGGAUUACAUACGUGAAACAAUGAUCGGAUGUGAAAAGGACCCAUCUUCCGUUAAAGGAAGGAACCUCAUCACAUAUGCUGUGGGCCUGAUGGAGUCUAAGUCGCCUGACGACUACAUUUCCGGGGUAAGGAUCCUGGACGCUUUCGCCAAAAAACUGGAGGAAGCAGUGAAAGAGGUCAAUGGGGUAGACGACCCACACCAAUACACAGGGGAGAAUAUACUCAAGAAACAUCUGAUAAUGUCUGCACCCUCUCCUGAUAUAGUCCAGAAGCUACUGCAGACGUUGGGCCACAUAAGCAUAUAUGACAGAGAGACGAGGGGGCAUGCCGCAAGGGUAGUGGCGAGCAUUGCUCACGACAUCCAUUUGGAGAAAUAUCCAAAGGCAAUUGGCUACAUAUCUUCCCUCCUUGACACAUACGAAGAAUACAGUACUCUCCAGCCAUAUAGGGGAGACUGGCUAUACGAGACAUAUGAACAAGAUUUCAAGCAAAUAUCCUUGCCGGUGAACCAAGAUGACAUCGUUGAGCAAGGGGACUAUGAUGUUGGCCUUGCGAAAACCUGCAAGAAGCUGCUGGAGGUUGAGAGAAGUGACCAUGACCUUGUGCAGGCGUACAAAAGGCUGGUGGAGCAAGGCUUUCGCAUCCUUCGGAAGCUCGCAGCCAACAAUGACAACUGCAGAGUCAUUUUCGGCACCCCAUGUCUGCUGCCAAAGAUUAUGGCGCCUGUGACCUCCGACCUACUCCACCACCGCAAUGAGGAUGGCCGCAUGAAGCACAUUGACAAUGCUGCAUGUUACAGCAUAGUAGAAGGUUCAAUGAAGGUGAUUGCCCAGCUCAUGGCUGCUACAGGGCAGAUAGGCACCAAGCUGCGUGAUGAAAUCUCAUGCAGUAUGGGAUUGAUCACAGCCAUGAGGAUGAUUCUCGAGUGUAAAGAAUGCAAUGAAAUGCUGCAGAAAAUAGCUAUUUGGAUUCUCACGCACGUACACCAGGAUGAAAAUUCCAGUCCAGGGCAUGAAGGGACACAAGAAUUCAUUACGAUGUUGGUUGACAUCAUGACCCAUGAUAAAAAGUACAAGGAGGCUAGAAGGGUGGUAGCAGCUAAAGCGCUGGUGGCUCUAUCAUCCGAAACCAGUAGUGCCAGGAUUAUCAUUAAGUCAAAUAACAAUGUUAUUCACAGUCUGACUAGACUGAUUGUUGAAAAACAAAGAUGCUCACAAAUGGCAGCUGAAAUCCUGGAAAAUGUAUGCAUUCAUUGCAACGGUGAUGUUCAAAGCCUCAAAACGCUGAAGGAAGCUAUGCCCAUUGCGGUUCCAAAGCUGCUUGAAGAAAUACUUUUCUGGCCAACAGAAGAAAGACAUAUAGAAGGAACAGAAGUUAAUCGGCUGAUACCAGAACCCGACGUAGAAAACCAAUGUGAUGAUUCCCCAGAUAAUGGCCAGGCAAACAACAACUCGUUGUCCGCUCAGCAGCAAGGGUACAGCUCGUUUCGCAUGUUAUCUCGUUGCGUCACAAUAUGGGGUGCGUUGAUAAGUGCAGAUCAGGACUUGACAGAUCUAUUUACGGAAAUCCCCCCUGGAGGCGGUGGAAUUAGCUUCGUGAUGAAGCUCAAAGAGAUCGUUGAAAAACAUGAGCUCCCCAGACCCGUCUGCCUGAGAAUAAGGAAGCUUGUCUGUAAGAUGGUCAUAUCUAUGAUGAAUCCCAAAGGCAGUUAUGUCAAUGAUGGGCUGACGAGCUUGAUGGCUGCACUGUCCAGUGCUUCAGAUGACAUGUCUAUUCUUGAUGGCUACAUGGUUUUUGGACCAAGGCCUUUUAGAAGUCUUGCUUCCCUCGUGGAAGAAGCGCAGGUGCUUGUGGACAGAAACAAAGAGCUUUUCCAGAGCCAAACCCAUGCUUCAAGCUAGUGGUAGUGGAAAGGGUGGUGGCAAAAGCGCAGGUACAUGUGAACAAAGAGCUUUUCCAGGGCCAAGCCCAUGCUUGUACUAGUGGAGAGGGUGGUGGUGCGAAGGUUGCCAGCGAUCUUUUGUUCAGUUGCUCUGUUUAAUUAGCAGGCGGCUAGGGAUGGCCUGGCUCUUUACUUAUGCUUCCCUUUCUGUCAUCCUAAAGGAGUGCUCUUUUCUUCUUUUCUUUUGAUGGAUAAAAAGUGUUUCUUUUGGUUGUAAACAUUUUUCUGGGUUGUGUAAAAGAGCGAAGCUUUAUAAAGCUGAGCUGUAUGCCUUAUGGGCUUUUAAAUUGAGACUUAUCAUUGUGGGAA